AUGUCCCAGAGGCCCCAGUCUGGACCCCAGAGCGCCCAGCCAGGUUUCCUUCCAGGAGCUCCCAGUAAUACUCAAAAUGAGACUGAAGUCUCUCCACCAAUUACUUACAGGCCCCAGGUCAGAAUCCAAGACUCUCAGCCCAUUAUCAACAGUGGCCAGGUCAGCAUCCAAGAGCCCCCGCCCAUUAUCCAUAAUCGCCGGGUCAGCAUCCAAGAGCCCCCGCUCAUUAUCCAUAAUCGCCGGACCAGCAUCCAAGGGCCCCCACCCAUUAUCAACAGUCACCGGGUCAGCAUCCAAGAACCCUUGUCCAUUAUCCACAAUCGCCGGGUCAGCAUCCAAGACCCCCCAGUAGUCCACAGUCGCUGGGCCAGUAUCCAAGAUGUGCCACCCAUUAUCAACAGUUGCUGGGUCCGUACUGAGGACACGCCAUCCACUGUGAGCGGUCAUCGGCUCAGUAUCCAAGAUACACCGUCAGUUACCUACAGUCACCGUUUGAAGACCCAAGAUGUUCCACCAAUUCUCCAAACUCACCACUUCAGCAUCCAAAACUCUCUAUUACUUCCUCACAUCUCCCUGAACAAUGUAGAGUCCCUUAACUACAAUAGUAGUCAAGUCCGUAGCCAAGACCACUUUCCAACAAGUCAGAGUCCUUGUUUGAGUACUCAAUGCCUCACAUUGCCAAUCCGGGCCAAAGUCGAUGUCCCCCCUUCAAUUACUCACAGCCCCACCGCCAGUGUCAAAAGCACUGAUUCAAUCAUCUGGACCACCCAGGAGAGUUUCAAAGACUCUAUGGACAGCUCCCUAUACAACCCAAGUACUCUAGACAACAAUAUCCAGAGCAUACGAUCAAGCAGAUCUGCUGAGAUGGAUUCUGGCGGGUUUCAUUUCCUAUCUGAACUACAUGAACUUCUGGUCCAUCCUGGCGCUCCAGGCCAUCUGGACUUGAUGGCGCUCCAGGACACAGGAAUGACCCCACCGCUGGCCUGCUCCCACAGCUCCCUGCCAAGCUCUCAAAUGUGUUCAUCUUUAAUGAAAAUAAGCUGCAACUAUAUGCCAGAGACUGGAUCUAUCGCAGUGAUCAAACUAGACACACAUCCUUGUUUUUAUGGCUUCACAUUUCCGCAGGGAGGCGAAACAGAUAUGUCAGGGACUAUAAGCUUCGUGGGAGGUGUCUCCUCACCGGAAGAAGACGACCCAAAUGACCAGCUAAACAAUGGACAACAUCGUAUCGUCUGUUUAGGAAGAUUUUUGGAGGGAACAGGCAUUAUUCGCUUCCCCAAGCACCAAAGCUGGAUUUCCGGCCCCGGCGCGUGUGUUGGACGCCUCGGGGCGGAGCCCGGGCAGGGGCUUGUGGCGGGCCUUGCGAGCGGCGCGCACUAUAAAGCGGGACGCGAGGGCGCCCGCGCACGCUUUGAAGAGAGUGAGGGUCGGAAUGGUUGCAGAAAAGGGUCUCUGCUCAUCGUGAGUGCUGCUUCUGUGUUAGGGUUGGGGUUUUUUCCCCCUAGGAUAGCUCCCUCCUCCUGCCACCCCGGUGGUUCCUCCAGAGUCAAACAGCGCCGCUGUCCCUGUCCUUGCUCCUGCCCAGCAGCACCCCUCCUGGCUUCCUGCUGCUGCUUGCAGGGGACAGCCAUCGUCAUGGCCGAGCGAGCACUGGCCCCCACCCAGAUGGGGCGGGGGGACCGUUACUACACGUACACCGAGCUCCUGGCCAUCUCGCGGCGCUUCAAGCAGAACCCCAACGAGCUCAUGAUCACCUGGAUCCUGCGAGUGUAUGACCAGGGGGGCCCGGCCCUGUCCCUGAACUCUGGAGAGCUGGCGCUCCUGGGUGACCUGACCGGCGAUGCCAUCUUCAACUACCACUGCAAGACGCUGCGGGGUGGCUGCCAGACGCUGCUCACCUGGCUGCUGCUGGCCUGGCGCCAGCGCUGGGAGUCCUUCCUGCACUUUGAGGCCACCGAGCUCCCCUUCCGCCCCUGGACCACCAUGGAGGAGGGCAUCCAGCUGGUGCGCGAGCUGGGCAUGCUCGACUGGAUCUACCGCGAGCCGCCCUCACCCCCCGCGCCGGAGCAGGGGCCCUGGCCGGCGCCCGAGGACGUGCCCUUCACGCAGGGCCUCCAGCGGCGCCUGCUGACGGCCGCGCCCUCCGAGCUGCGGCUCUCGCUGGUCAGCCUGCUGGUCAAGGGCAUGACGGUGCUGGAGGCGGUGAUGGAGAUCCAGACCAUCGCCGACGUGGGCCUGCUGUGGCGCCAGAGCCAGCCGGGCCGCGCCAAGCUCAUGUUGGGGCCCAACCCGACGCGCAAGGACCUCACGGGCUGGCUGCUGAGCCAUGGCGUCCCCAAGGAGAGGGUGGACAAGCAGCCCACCAAGGUCCUCCUGGAGCUCUACAUCAAGGAGGCCAAGCGUAGCCGCGGCCACCCUGCCUACGUGCUGGGGGACGAGCAGCCCCCGCCUCCCCCCUACUCAGACCAGGCCUGUGGGGAGGAGCCGCCCGCACCCGUGCGCCAUGACUAGGCCCCCCUUGGGCACAGUCUCCCCGCUGCUACUCUGCGGGGUGGGGUGGUGCUGGGUUCCAGGAGAGACAGAGUCCAUGCCUCCUGAGCACCCCCAGGGGGGACUGAGGGGUGGUCCGUUUGCCCUUCUCCGGACUCGCGAGCCUCUCUGAGUGCUUGAGGUGCCCUUGCCCCCUGGCACCUAUCGGUGUCACCAGCCAGAGUGGUGGAGGGAAGCGAGCCGGCCAGUAGCCCUUGGGUGCCUGUGCCCCCAUCCCCAGGGGCACAUCCCAUUACAUUUCAGUCUGUUACACUUCAGGCCCAUUGGCAUGGUGGGCGGGCACCCCCACCCUGCCCCACCGGCCCCCAAAGCACUACAGGCCAAGUGGGAUCUCUGCACAGCCCACAACUUGAAAGCACCUUGAAGUUUGUACCCUUUUUAAGCUAUUUUUAAAUGCAAUGUUUUUACCUAAUAAUUUAAGCAUGUACAACA